GACAGGUGACGUCAACAGAUUUUAAACAAGGUCAGUUUAUCACCUCAUUAUGUGUCACAAAAAAAACCCAAAAAAUAAGUUUUUCAUGUUGAAGCAAAUCUGCCGACACGGCUACAGACGGAGCUGAAUCACUGGACUGAAGCAUAAAUCUUUGUUCCCUUUAUGUCUAUUAUUCUGGUAGCUCAAUUAAUAAUUAGACAUCAUGAUAACAACGACCAGAUUAAUGAAUAGUCUUUAACUAUGAUUUAACAAAACAUUUAUUAUCAAAAAGAUGUCGUUAUGGCAUAUGCAUCUAUUUAUUUCAUUUGUAGGUGAACAUUGCUCUGUAAAUAAUGUUUUUAGUCCGUUAAAAGUCCUCCUUCAAGGCUCACAGACUAACAUCAUUUUGAGCACAAAGGGUAUCUUACUUCCUUCUUGUAACUUCCUGUUGGGUCUCAGAUUUAUUCUUUCAAGCAGGAGUGAUGACGGCUCUGGCUCUUUUGCUUCUUUUCUUUCUGCUGGAUUCCAAUGAAGCAAAAGGCUCUGAACUGUUUAUGGAGCAAGGAAUUGACCUGCUUCUGGAUGUGAACGGGUCUGUUGAACUCACAGAUGAACAUGAUUUAUUCUGGAAAUACAACAAGGUCAAAAUGGCAAAAUUCAGUAGCAAUUCCAAACCAGUUAUUUAUAAUCCAUAUAAAGAAAGGGCUGAAGUGUUUCCAAAUAACUUCUCUCUGGUCUUAAAAAAUGUUCAGCACAGUGACAGUGGCAUCUAUAAAGCAGUUCUGAGUAGUUCAACUGAUCACACAAAAGUUGAAUACAACGUCAAAGUCCAAGAUCCAGUGUCUCCAGUGAAUCUGACAGUGAUUGACAGCAACUCUACCUCCUUCCUCUGUGAACGCACCGUUAUUUGCAGAACGGUGGACUCCACCAUCACCAAAACAUUUGUGUGCAACAAAGAAACCUGCUCUCAGGUGGACAAAGAACAUGCAACUACCAAUUCUUCCUCUCUUGAUGUCUACAUACAGGAAAAACACAUAAUUUGUAACCAUAGCAACCAAGUGAGCUGGAAACAAGAGAGAAUACCGAUCAGCUCAGUUUGUUGGGCAGCACCAGCUAAUGGAGUCCCGACAAUAGCAGUCAGUGCAGCAGCUGUCGCUGGUGCCAUUCUUGUUUGCAUCAUCUUCCUUGCUGUAAAAUGUAAAAGACAGAACAACUUAAGCACAAAAUGUGAAGGUGCCCAGAAAAAAAGACAGGACAAUUCUCUCUGUUCCACCCACUCUGCAGUGAAUUUCCUCGAGGUAAAAUCUCCAAAGACUGACAUCACUCCUCAGACGGAACCUGUUUAUGCAAUGGUUAACAAAGUCAACAAAUCCAGAGAACUUCCAGAAAACAACUGAGAACUCAGUUUUGAAUCAAAUCAAUGUUUUGUGAAAGUGAAAACAUGAGAGAAUAAUACAUUUUUUUGCCAGUUAUUGACAUUUUUUGUCACAUUUUAGUAUUUUUCUUUACUUGCAGCUGCGCAUGUAAAGUAGGAUAUCCAGAAUAGCUUUGCUGAAUGUGAAUUGAUUAUAAAAUAUGUUGUAUGCUGAGCUAAAUAUUUUAAAAAUAUUAAUAGAUUUGGCAGAGGGAAGUCUGAAUUUUGCUAUUCUUAACUAAUUUUUCACACUUUUGGGUAGUUUUGCUUCUGGUAAACGUAUUAUUUUUUAAAUACAUUAGCUUUUAAAAAUGUUGACAUAUACAUUGUGAUCGUCAAACUUUUUCUUAGUAUGUUAUUCUGAACCUAUGAUCCGAUAUUCAAGCUUAUAUGUAAGCUGACUCAAUGUGAAAAGUAAGGACAAAUAUAACCAUUUGAACGAGA